UGUAUUCGUUUUACAAAUGAAUAAGUGCUCCGCAAGCAAGAACAACGCUCGCAAAGCACGCAGUCAUGAUGUUCCGCUCGGCCAAAAACAAAUUCGAUGCCGCAGAGGUGGUGCGCAGGCUGAAACGCUUAGCCGAAGGCACCCUCAGCUCAUAUCGGCGCCUGUUUUUGGCUUUAAUUUCCGUUUGCAUUGUGUUCUACAUGCUGCCGCCCAUCUUUCGUUACCUAUUCCUCAAUGCGCCACAACAGAAAGAUCCGUUGAUGCAGUGCAUGGACGACCGGCUAACGCCCUACAUACUACAGAACUACGAGUAUGACGCGAACAUACGUCACGUGUCCCCGUUGCCCGGUGAGCGGGACUUUACACCCUACGUGGGGAAUGGUUAUAUUGGUUUGGAAGUGGCCCACGACGCUGCAUUGAAUAUCAAACAUGGACGUGCAAUGCAGCUGCCCAUACGUUUCCAUCCGGUUAUUUCGGUGUCGCAAAACAACGGCGGACCCGGAAAUGGUGGACAGAAGGAGUCCACAGUGGUGGAGUAUCUGACGGGCAUGGUGCAUCGCUUUCAGUGCUUCUCUGGCUACUUUGUUUCAUACACUUACUACGCCCAUCGCACGUAUCGCAAUGUGCUGAUGCAGGAGCUGCAGAUAACCAAUACACGAAAUCUGUUAGAGGACAUAGAGCUGAUAAUGCCGCGCGUCCGUUUGCCGCAGGCAGCGACACGCACCAUUCCGCUCAGCGAGCCUGUGCCGGCCGGCAUGCUAAGCUACACAGAGCUGGAAGUCGUUACGGGGACUGUGCAGCCCUCUGCGGAUGAUCCGAGCAAGUUUAUUGUGAUUAGCAUAGUUAAGCCGCAGCUGGAGCCGAAGCUGCAGCUGCGAAAACGCGGCACAGUGCGCAUCAUUUAUCCCUUAGCCAUACACUACUCGAAGCCGGUGGUGGAGGCGCAGCUGAAGGCGACUAUGGAGUCUACCGAGCAACAGGCGACCCAAGCCAUGACAAAGGUGCUGCAAAAGCUGAGCGCCAAGACGGCCGGCUCUCUGUACAGCAUCAACUCUUUUAGGCAGGAGCACAUUAACGUAUGGACAGAUCUCUGGGCCACGGGCUUCUCUAUUUCCACAUCCAAGGCAGAACAGAGCCUGAACGGCGAUCGCAUUAAUGCUACGAUGUAUGCGGUGCUAUCGCAGGUGCGCAGCUUUGAGUUUGAGGAGAUGGCCGCCAAUUCGCCGGCGAUACGCGACGACAUUGCCAAGGCUCUGACCUAUGCCGAGGGCUGUUACGACUCCUACCAUACGCUGCAAGCGGAGAAUCUGUGGCGGGAUAUGAGCACGCUGGAGAACCUCAACGGGCUGGUCUCGUCGUGGAUGGUAACGCUGGAGAAGCAGGGCUGCCACAAUCUCAUCAGAGCCGGCGCCUCCGGCGUUAUACAGGCCAUGGUGCUUAGCUUCGGCAGCUUCCGCUUUAGCAAUCAGCAUCUCGAGUGCAAUAUGCAUCCGAAGUUCUUGCAUCGCGACUUCCACUUCCGUCGCCUCAACUACGGCAACAAGACACACGUAAAUGUGACAAUUAUUGUCAAGGAGGAUAAUAAGGCAGUCAUUAAUGUGGCGUUGGAUCGCUCCGAUCGCAGCUACUAUGCCUGCGAUGGCGGCUGUCUGGACGAUCCUGUGCUGCUCACCCAAAAUCGACGACAAUUUCCAGUGAAAUUAACUGAACCGUUGACUGCAAUAUUAUAUAUUACGGAGGAUAAGCAGCACAUGGAGGAGCUCCAUCAUGCGAUCCACGUCAAAGAGGUGGUCGAAGCGCCGGCGCACGAACAGCACGUAAUUGCGCUUCACAAGCACGGCCAUCAGUUGGGGGGUCUGCCGACGCUCUUCUGGGUCUCGGUCUGUGCAAUAAUCAUAGUAUUCCAUAUAUUCCUAUGCAAGCUCAUUAUCAAGGAGUACUGCGAGCCCAGCGAUAAGCUAAGAUAUCGUUAUAACAAACCGUGAUGCUAGUUGUACAUAUAUCCAAAUAUCGAAACAAAAGAAAGAAAAGUCAAAUUGAAAACCCUAAAA